CAAAUUUAUUGAAUUUAAGUGGUAAGUGUAGCAGCAAGUUGUUCAAUAAGACGUGAGAAAGAUAAUGAAAAGAGAAAAAUACUUGUUCCUGACAUUAUUAUUAUCAUUAUUAUUACUAUUAUCAAAGGUGCGAAGCAAAGUACAACGCCACUAAAACGCUGUAUUUGAAGGAUGGGGACUACGACGGUCGUUCCACUGUGCCUGCAAGAUAUAUUGAUGCUUUGGGAAUUUUGAAAACGCAUGAUAAUAUGGAGAUGGUAGUUGUGGAGUCGUCAAGGUCUAAAGCAAAAAAAUAACAACUAUUUUUGAUAACUCACGAAUACAAUAAACUGAUAACCAAUUUCUUUCGUAUGAAAAUCUAUAGUGGGAUGCUUGAAGAACAUACAACCCAUAGUCUUGAGGAUUCACUCAAAAUUCUCGAGUGCAAUGUCGCUUCUUUGAGGUGGCAGGCUUCACACUAUGAAAAUGCAUCGUUAGAAACGUUUAAGAAACUCGGUGCCUACGGCCUUCAAAUCAUCAAAACGCAAGUGACGUUAAGCAAGACGACGAUUCACGAUAAGAACCGUUGGAAAAAUAUAGAAAUGCGUUCAGCACAAUUACCCAGAAGCUGGGAUGAUAGGUUGAUGUUGCUGGAGUUUUUAGAGUUAUUGGCGACUCUUUAUGUAAGGCAGACGGACGCUGGAUGA